GUCGGAAACUGCCGCAUCCUGGAGGUAUUUCAUGAGGAUGUUGAAGAGGUAUGUUUUGGGUGAGCGAAAGGUGUGUAUCAUAUCUGGCAGCUGCUCACGAUCACAUGCAGCCGGGUCCUGAAAGACCGGCGCUACUUUUUUUACAGCAUGACCAUAUCUCUCAGGAUGUCUGGGAUGGCACGGGAUCUGACGAGGGAUUUCUGUCUCGCACUAGCUGUACGACUAGAAGGAGCGCUGUUUUGCCGUUCGCUAGGUUGGACCACCGUAUUCGGUCGAUGAUCGAGCCUACUGGAUUUGCAGGCUGUUUUGCUAUGCAUCACUACAGCGUCGACAUGCAGCUGAUCACAGCCCUUGUGGAGAGGUGGAGGCCGGAGACCCACACUUUUCACUUACCCGGCGGAGAGUGCACGGUUACACUACAGGACGUGGCCAUUCAGACCGGACUACCAGUAGACGGUCAUGCUGUUACAGGAGGUAUUGUACAUGAUUGGGCUGCAGUGACAGAGAGGGUUUUGGGGAUUCCUGCGGGCAGAUAUCCUAAAAAGCCUGCAAAUUCCACAGUCCGGACUUCUUGGAUCCUAGAGAGUUUCCCCGACUUCGGUGCAUUACCAGACCAGGCGACUGACGAGCUUGUCCAUCGGUACACACGGGCGUAUCUCUUGCUCGCUGUCACAGGAUUGUGCUUCACUGACCUCGGUAGUGGAAAGACUUCGUUACAGAUUCUUCCACUUUUAGAGGACUUGGCGGCAGUUCGGACCUACAGUUGGGGAUCGGCGACACUGGCUUACUUAUAUCACGAGCUUUGCUCAUGUUCGUUGCGGUCUGCGAAUCGCCGCAACAUGGGCGGGCCGUUGUGGAUACUGCAGCUGUGGGCAUUGGACCGACUUAGAGUUAUUGCUCCCGCUCUUGCCGAUCCCACUAUUUCACCACAUCUACCACUGGGCGACAGGUGUGUUUUACUGCCGGAGAAACGCCAGCCGUGCGGCUCGACACUCGCUGCCUGA